AUCAUGCAAGCGGGAAUCUCAAAUAACAUCAACACCGUGCGGCGAAUGCAGUUUUUUUUUAAGUUACAGGAUCAGGCAGGAGACCUAUCAUUUUAACAGUUAAAUAAUAUGGACUUGGGGAAAUGGCUUCCAAGCUUUUGAAAGCUCAAUGUUUACUGCAGACGAUCAAUGAUGACAAUAUCAGCCAGGCAGAAACAUUGCUGAAAGAAGGAGCAUGUCCAAAUCUGCUUCUUCCUGCCGAGGGUGUGAGUCCCUUUCAUCUUGCUGUGGGCUGUGAUUCUCGCCAUGCUUUACAGCUUACCACGCUCUUUCUCCAACACAAUGCAGACCCUAAUGUCAGAUCGACCGAGGGUUUGACUCCUGUCCAUGUAGCUGCAUCAUGGGGCAGGUUCCAAGCUCUGGAGCUCCUCCUGUGGAACGGGGGUGACCCCUCCCUGGAAGAUGAGGAGGGUCAAACGGCCAGGAACAUGGCCGAGAGCAGUGGUCAUUGGGACUGCAUCAACCUUCUAGAUACAUGGGUGGACGGUCAAUAUGAAGAAGAAGAAGAAAAGGAGGAGGAUGGAGGAAGUUUCUUGGAAAUUCCACUUGCUUUACAGGGUGACACCAAUGAUAUCUGUGGUUCUCCUAGCUAUCUGCCCGAUCAUGAAAUGUUGAAUGACCUGUCACCUGACAAACAUGGCCGCCUCAAUAACAAUUACAAUGCUGGUUACAGCUGGAGCCCAGGCUCCGCCUCCAGCUCCACAGACAACGAGUUCAAUUUUCAAGGUGUGGAGGAGGGUGACACUGACCAUGAUCUAGAGGACUAUGAGAUAUCUUUCCCAAAGCAACGCGUGCCAAGCUUCUCACCAAGUCAUGAUCGUCCACAAAGUGUGCAGUCAACGUACGAAGAGACCUCCUUGAACCUUGCCUUGCAGUCCAUGAACCUUGACAACUACAGCCUGUCAUCCAGUGCGUCCAACAGGUCAUCAUCAUCAUCAUCUGCAGUAUCCCCAUUUUCGGUAAAGACCAGUCCCAGUCAAAGUGAUGUACAUUCUGAAGGAGAGGGCAGCCCAUCAGCCAAUGAGCACACAUUGACAGGCUUUGGAUUAGAUGUGACCUCUCCAGAUCAUACCGUUGUAUUUUCUAAGGCUACAUGUACGGCUAAGGACAGGAGGAGAACGGUAUUCUGUCCUCUGAAAUACCCCAGCUUUGAAUUUGAGAAAUGGGAGACCUCUAUGUCACCAAAUUCUAUAGCUGAAAGCGAUUUAAGCGAAGAAGAACAAAGAGAGGCCUCUUUGUCACCAAAUUCUACAGCUGAAAGCGCUGUAAAUGAAGAGGAACGAAGGGAGGCAUCUAUUUCACCUCAUUCCGCACCUGAAAGCAAUGUAAAUGAAGAGGAACAAGGAGAGACCUCUUUUUCACUGUAUUAUACAGCUGAAAGCGAUGUAAACGAAGAGGAACAAACGGUCCCUGAAGCUUGUGAGGCAUCUCCAUCAUCUUCUUGUACAUCUAGUAGCCUGGACUCCUCUCAUAGAUCCAACAUCUCUUCCAAAUCUGUUUACUGCAACAGAAGAUCAGGUGCUUCUCUGAUUGAGCAGCACUUCCUUCCUGCAUCUGGAAGCGAGCCAUCUCUGCUCAACUUCAGCUUCGCUUCCGCAGACGACACCGUCGUCUACGACUGGACGUCUUUCAAAUUGGACUCCGGUGAAGAAGAGGUGCCUCAUAGGCUGGAGAUUCCGCCAGAACUUGCCAAGUUGACAAACGAUGAACUGAAGCUCAAGCUCAGUGCCCACGGUGAGGAUGUUGGACCAGUGACUGCCACCACAAGGUCCGUCUAUCUCAGUUUUCUUGUGAGGCUAAUGCAGGAUGAUGGUAACACACUGAGAAGAUUAAAGCAGAAGCAAGAUUCAGGCAAUAGCAAUUUUCAGUAUGAGCUCGCUGAGAUCCUAAAUGAAACCAAGCCCUUACCAGACGUCCAUGAACUUGAGAAGCAAAUGGUGGAACAGUUUCAGGAGCCUGACCCAAAGAGGAAAUGGAGAGAGGGCAAGCUGAAAUCUUCCUUCAAUUACCUUCUACUUGACCCCCGUGUCACAAGGGACCUCCCCAGCAGAUAUCCAAAACUCACACAGCUGGAGACAUUCAAGACCUUUGUAUCAGGUAUCUUUUAUGUGGGCAAGGGUAAGAGGUCGCGACCCUAUGCUCACUUUGAAGAAGCUCUGGACCAUCUCAAGAAGAAGAGGACCAAGAAGCCUGGCUCCAAAGUUCUUCACAUCCUUGAUGUUUGGUCUGGUGGAAUGGGUGUUGUCUCACUGCAUUGUUUUCAGAAUGUUAUACCAGUAGAAGCCUACACCAGAGAAGCGUGUAUGAUUGAUGCUCUCGGCAUUUCCCGCUUGACCAAUGCCAAGAGAGGAGACUACUACGGAGUGGCCCACAGCUGGUCUGGGUCAAAGAAAAGGAAGAUAGGAGUCCAUCUCCUUCACAAGGCUUGUCAGAUCUUCUUGAUGGAAGGGGAGAGACAAAUCAGGAGCGUUGACAUUACCUCUGGUCAGUGAUUGAUUGACCACAGUCAGUCAGUGAACACAGUCGGUGAUUUACCAUGGACAGUGAUUGACCACAGUUAGUGAGUGAACACAGUCAGUGAUUGACCAUAGACAGUGAUUGACCACAGUCAGUGAGUGAACACAGUCAGUGCUUGACCAUAGACAGUGAUUGACCACAGUCGGUGAUUGACCAUAGACAGUGAUUGACCACAGUCGGUGAUUGACCAUAGACAGUGAUUGACCACAGUCAGUGCUGGAACACAGUCGGUGAUUAUCCAAAGUCGUGAUUAACCACAGACAGUAAUUGACCACAGAAAGUAAUUGACCAGUAAGUGCUUGACCACAGUCAGUGAUUGACAGUCUGUGAUUGACUAUAGGCAGUAAUUGACCACAGUCAGUGAUUGACCACAGUCAGGGAUUGACCAGUCGGCAAGUGAACACAGUCAGUGAUUGACCACAGUCAGUGAUUGACCAUAGUCGGUGAAUGACCACAGUCGGUGAUUGAACACAGUUAGUGCUUGACCAUAGACAGUGAUUGAACACAGCCAGUGAGUGAACACAGUCAGUGAUUGACCAGUCAGUGAGUGAACACAGUCAGUGAUUGACCAGUCAGUGAGUGAACACAGUCAGUGAUUGACCACAGUCGGUGAGUGAACACAGUGAUUGACCACAGUCAGUGUGUGAACACAGUCAGUGAUUGGCCAUAGACAGUAAUUGACCACAGUCAGUGAUUGACCACAGGCAGUGAUUGACCACAGUCAGUGAUUGACCAUAGACAGUAAUUGACCACAGUCAGUGAAUGAACACAGUCAGUGAAUAAACACAGUCGGUGAUUGACCACAGUCAGUGAAUGAACACAGUCAGUGAUUGAACACUUGCUUGCACACUGUAAGAUAGUGUGUAAUUUUUGUGGUUUCAUACAUUUUUACAUAUAAUGCUUAUCGAUUAGCCCAGAAGAUAGACAUCAUAACUAAUAAUGUAACUCGUUGUAUGUGGAGUUUUGCCAGAUUUUAAGUCAUGUUCAUUUUUCGGAACCUUGUAGUUAAGAUGUAUAAAGACAAGAGAUGGCUUUUAUUUGCUUGUUGCAAUGUAAGAAGUUUUAUUUUUUAUAUUUGAUGCAUGUGCAAUUAUUGUAUUUUUUGUUUUUUAUUGAUGAUUUUGUUUUGGAAAAGAGGGAAGAAGUUUCUUAACGUAUCUUGACCAAAAGAUAACCAUACUGAAAUGUGCCAUACUCUUUAAAAAAAAAUUAAAAAGUUUUAUUUUAUUUUAUGUUUUUACUAAUAUUUGGUUAAGUUUAGAUAUUUUUAUUUAAAAAUACACUCAAGGAGGUCAUCUCCUUUCUAUGUAAAUAUCAUGUUACAAGAAAUCCAGAUUUUUUGUUCUUCUUCUCCAAAUCACGUCUUGCUGUGCUUGCAAACAUAUGUAUGUGUUUCAUUAUUCUAUCUUAUGAUGAAAGUGAAAUUACCACAACAACAAUACAAAGAGCACAACAAUGUAUGUUUUGCAUGAGAAUCCCCCUAAAAAUUAUGAAAUUGAUUUAGUUUUUGCAAAGCAGUACUAACACUCAUGCCUAGAAACAGGCUGGAGAAAUUAAAAAGUAGGUGCACUAUUUUCUUGGACUUGGUAGUAGUAGUACCGGUACGCAUUACCGGUAGUCAGAAAUCACACUGUUAUUAAAUACAUUGUAAAUAUUUCUUGUACAUUGUUCCAUACAAAUUUUGCAUAAACUUCUUUCAUAAUUGUGUUAUCAUGAAUGAGGAAGAAAACUAUGAAAGAUUAAUUUUCAGUACUAACUGUAUUGUUCUUUUAAAUGGAAGGGAGAAGUAAGACUUGUACAUGUACCCACAUUACUCUGUUUAAUUAAUAAUUAUGUGCCAUAAUUUGAUGUUUUACUUCAGUAUUUUCCUGUACAGUCUACUAAACAUUGUUUAGUUUGUUGAUAAUCUUGCUUGGUACUCAUAUUCUUUGAUCAGGAGUAAAUUGUUUUUUAUUACUACAUGUAUUACCCUUUUAGAAAUGGGAAAAGAAGAACAUUAUGUAUGCCAAGUACUCUGUAUGUUUAAGGUGUUUUUUUUUACCCAUUUCAAGUACUAUCCUCAUGCUGUAUAGUGUACUAAACAGUGGAAUACGAUGUGUGUGUAAAUUAUGUGUUCCUUUAUCCAAAGGAAAACUAUUUUUUAAUUGUACUAAAUUAAUUGUUUUUCCUUUUUUUUUAAAGGGAGGGAGAAGUACAUGUAUAUGUGUAGAACAUAUGUAUGGUUUUUGCUGCAUGUAUUUUGUCUCACAGAAUUAGAUCUUUUACUUAAGUUUGUUUCUGUACAGUGUAAUAAGCUUCUUCUUUUUUUUAAGCUACUUUUUUAAUUGUGUCUUCCUGAAUCAUAUAACUAUGAGAGUUGCAUGUUGCAGAAAGGAAUAUUUUUAUUGUUUUGCGCGAGAGAAUCAGGUUGUUUCCUUUUCAAACCAUUUUUAUUUCAUGAGCUUUCUUAACACUUUGACAUUUAGACAAAAUGCUGCCUGUUUAUAUGCAUUGGGGCCAAAUUGAAAUGCUGUAAUGUUCAUUAGGAGAAGUACAUUUCAUGUGUAAUGUAAAUGUAGAUAUUGUCAUUUUUUAUAUUCAACUGUACCUUUUUAGGGGUAUAAUGUAGGUGUAAGUUGACUCAAAAUAAGUUGAAAAUAAGAUGCUAUUAACAUCUUGUAGUGCCAUACUGAGGGAGUUAGGCAAACACAUAUAUAUUAUACUCUUCACCCAUUAGGGAAUAUCGAUGCCAAAAUGAUGUUGUAAAUACCUGUAUAUUAUUACUACUACAGUAUUCUAAUCCGUGCCAAAUUUGAAUAAAUAGUUCUUUAAUAAUGCUUUCAUUAA